CGCCUCCCUUCCGGCGGUCCGCUGCUCCGGCGGCUUCCGCACCCGCGCCCGCUGCGUUCCGGGAUCCCGCCCGCCUGCCCCGCCCCUCCGCCGCCGCCGCCGCCGCCUCCCCCGCCCGGCGUCAUGGCCGCUGCGGCCGGGGACGGCACGGUAAAGCCGCUGCAGAGCGCCAUGAAGCUGGCCAACGGGGCCAUCGAGUUGGACGCCGGCAACCGGCCCCGGGAGGCAUACACGGAAUACCUGAGGAGCAUCCACUAUAUCUCCCAGGUGCUACUGGAAGAAGUGGAAACCACUAAAGAAGCUGGGGAAACCAUGCCCCCCGAUACCUCCAAGAUGCUGAAGCUAGCACAGCAGUGUCUGGAGAGGGCCCAGUCGACAGCCGCCAAGCUUGGGAAAACAUGCCUGAAGCCAGCCAUGCCUGCGGCUGCUCCCAACCCCCAACCUGCCGGCCGACACCGACGUGUAUAUUCAGACGAAGGAGGGAAGCUCUCUCCUUUUCUUCCGCCCGAGAUCUUCCAGAAGCUUCAGGGGGCAGAGUCACAAAGCUCUAAGAAAGAGCUGACGCCGUUGGAGGAAGCCUCCCUGCAGAAUCAGAAGCUGAAGGCUGCGUAUGAGGCCCGGAUGGCCCGGCUAGACCCCAGCCAGGCUAUGCAGAAGACAUCCCUGACCCUCUCUCUACAGCGGCAGAUGAUGGAGAACCUGGUGAUCGCCAAAGCGCGGGAGGAGACACUCCAGAGGAAGAUGGAGGAGCGCCGGUUGCGGCUCCAGGAGGCCGCCAACAGGAGGUUUUGCAGCCAGGUUGCCCUGACACCGGAGGAGCGGGAGCAGCGGGCACUUUACGCAGCCAUCCUGGAGUACGAGCAGGACCACGACUGGCCGAAGCACUGGAAGGCCAAGCUCAAGAGAAGCCCGGGGGACCUGUCGCUGGUGACCAGCCUGCUGUCACACCUGCUCAGCCUCCCUGACCACCCGAUUGCGCAGCUCCUGAGGCGGCUGCAGUGCGCGGUGUACAGCACCCUGUACCCCGCGGUGAGCAGGGCGGCCGCACCAGCCCCGGGCUGCUGUCCCCCGACCCCCAACCCUGGAAGCCGGCGGCUGCGGCCCUCGCAGAGCCUCCACUGCAUGCUGUCCCCGAGCGAGCCCAGCACGGCCCCGCAGCCCCAGGACAGCCCCCCCACGCCCUCACUCCACCCCCGCCCCGUGGGGCCUCCCUCACCUGUGGGGGACAUCACGUCUGGCCUGCCGGACAAGGACAGCUCAUUUGAGGACCUGGAGCAGUUUCUGAGGACGUCUGAGCCGCAGGGCCGGGGCCGGGGCCAUGGGGGGCAGCCCGAGCCGCAGCUGCAGCAGCUGAAGAGCGCGGUGGAGGACAUCCAUAAUGCCAUCGCAGACAGGCUGCUCUCGCUGACCCUUCUGGCCUUCGAAGGCCUCAACACAGCUGCCUCCAAGGACCGCUGCCUAGCGUGCAUAGAGGAGCCCUUCUUCUCCCCGCUGUGGCCUCUGCUGCUGGCCCUGUACAGGAGUGUGCACCGAGCCCGGGAGGCCGCUCUGAGCAGGAGCAUGGAGCUCUACAGGAAUGCACCCCCCACCGCCAUCGGCAUCCCCACCAAGCUCCUCCCCAAGGACCCGGAGGCCAAGGGGACCUACCCCUACUGCGCUGCGGCCCAGGAGCUUGGACUGCUGAUCCUGGAGAGCUGCCCCCAAAAGAAGCUGGAGUGCAUAGUUCGGACCCUGCGGGUCAUCUGUGUCUGCGCAGAAGACUACUGCCCCACCUCGGAGACCACGUCGCAGGCUGGACUGCCGCCCAUCGCUGCAGCAGCCAUCGGUGCUGACGACCUGCUGCCCAUCCUCUCCUUCGUGGUGCUGAGGAGCGGCCUCCCUCAGCUGGUGUCGGAGUGCGCGGCCCUGGAGGAGUUCAUCCACGAGGGGUACCUGAUUGGAGAGGAGGGUUACUGCCUGACAUCACUGCAGAGUGCCCUGAGCUAUGUGGAGCUGCUGCCCCGGGGAGGCCUGGCCAAGCGGUAGAGCCAGACCCAGGGCUCUGGCAGGGCCUGGCCUUGCCUCCCAGGGCCGUACCUCCUGCACCUAGAGCCACGGGGCCUACCGAGGACAGCCCUGGAGCCCCACACUGCUCUGCACACGGCGCGAGGGCGCGGGGGAGCUGGUCCAUGCUGUGUGCUCUCCAGCUCUUGCCCCUUCCUCGCCCUACAUCUAACCCUGGAGCUUGGGGUUGGCACCUCUGCCCCAACAGGAUGGGUCUGAAGCAGCUCCAGGAGGAACCCAGCCCUGCUCUCCUGUGCAGGCGUCACAGGCUCUGAGAAGGGAAGCCGCAGGCUCCAGUGGGUGCAGGCUCAGCCUUGAGCGUCUGGCUGGGUCCUGCUCUGCCCUUCACUGGGGCAGCUCCUGGGAGGAAUCAGGAAAGACGGCGCCAUGAGCCAGCCAGCAGUGGAGGCAGCAGUCCAGUUUCUCUUCCCUCCGGCCCCUAGAAAGGGGAGUUGUAACCCCAUGAAGCAGCUUCUUGUCUGAGUCAGGAGCAAGGGCUGGUGGGGCCUGAGGCGCAGCUGGUAUGAGGCUGAUUGGCAGGGUCAUCCCUGGGGGGGUCUGGGACUCUCGGCCCAGGACAUUCCCUGCCCUUGCUCACCCUGGCAGUGGGCAGUGAACAUUCCGGGACUCCUGGCCAACUCCCACCCUGGGCAUCUUCUCCAGGUCUGUG